AUGCCAGACUUUCAUCCUCCCCUCGCUCACUCUUCUGAUGUGACAGUCUCUUCAAACUCGAGUCAUCCUUACAUUCAGCUCAACUUCUUCGCUACCUUCAACGAAGACGAAGACUCUUCCGGCUCGUGGGAAAUAUGGACUGACCUCCCUAGACUUGAUGAUCAUGGCCACGCCCUCUCACAGCCUGGAGAAUGGCGUUCCAUUCAAUUCAAGAAUUACGACAAGUCUGCAAUCCUCCCCUGCGGAAACGGAUCAAAUGGUAUUUCAGAUCAGACCAUUCACAUAAAAACAUUAGAUGACUAUCCCGUUCCAACUACUGGGCCAAGGACCAUGUACCUCUCAACAGUCAUUCCAGCUUCAACAGGUCAAGAGUUUUCUUACACCUAUCGACAUAUCACCACUUCUGGCGAGACUCACUGGCUUGGUGGAAUGGGUGGUAACGGAGCUAUCAAGAUGAUCGAAGGGGAAAUUCAAGCUAAAAAUGAUGAAACGAAAGUCGGUGACUGGUCAGAAAAGCCUGAGGGAUUGAAUAGAGUGAGCUGGAUUGGAUUUGGCAUAGAACUUGAAACAGUCAAAGGCAAAAUUAAGCCAAUUAUACGAACCUUACCCUCCAGCACCAACGCAUCUCUGGAUCUUAUCCUUCUCCAAGGAAUUUCACCGAUCCAUCUCUCUCCUCUCUCAUAUCGCACCAAUGUCAUCAAAGCUCAAGAGCCCAUAUCUCUCACUCAAGAUCUCGCUAUUAUUGGACAUGGCGCUUCAUUUGAUGUCGCACCCUCAUACUCUCUUCCAUCUACGACCAACAAUUCUCUCACUGCAUCUUAUGGCUUGACCACACAGCCUUCUCCAAAAGAAGUUCUGACAGCUGCUUUCCGAGCUGCCAAAGCCAAGCAAGACCGUUUCCGCUUGGGAGAAGUAAGUGGAAGCGAUGCUCGCGAUGUAGUAGCUAUCUUUGCAUCAACUGGACAAGGCGAAAACGAACAAAUACAUAUGGUCAUUCACGCUCCUCCAACUGCUGCGCCCAGUCAAAUCAGCGUCACUCUACCUGCAUCAAUGGCUAUUUCAGCUCCCAUCGCUAUCUUUUCGGAUUCUGAAAACGAAAUAUCCUACCUUAAUCUCCCUGAUACUGGCAGAAGUGCGGGUAGCACAGUCCGGCUUCAUCUGGAGGCAGGACCAGUUGCCAAAGUACUUCAAGUAGCAGAAUUUGUUGAAUUGCGAGGUACAGGUGGAGAUGAUUCUGCUUGGAUUUGCGCACCUGAUGCUAUCAACGUAGAAGUCGGAGAAGAGGAAAUUGCGGUUCCAAAGUCGUCCACCACUGCUGUUCCAGAUGAAUCGUUUGCCGAGGUCACCCCUUCGACCGUCACAGAGGAAGCGAACGCUCCUAUCGAGUCAAAUCUUUACGAGGAUAGACUCCUCGAGGGUUCUACGGAAGAAUCGAGAAUUGAGCGCUUCAAUACAGUACACGCGGCGCCAUCUGCAGGAUGGUGGCUCUUCCGCUUCAUUGGGAGAUUUGUUGCCAAUAUUUGGGGAAUGUUGCUGUGGCCCUUCCGUUCUACUGCAAAUAUAACCGACGGAAGUGAAGAUAUAGAUGACGACACACCCCUCGAAACAGGAGAAAGACCUGCGGACGAUGAGAGGACUCCUCUUCUCGGUUCUAUCAGUAUGUCCCGAGACACCUCAUCAUCUUCGACUGCUUUUGAUCCUUUGGCAACUCCAACCUCAAUGAGAGCCAACAAAGAAGGGUUGACACCUAACCAUCAAACAGAUGGAUCGAUCACUCCAACUGGACAAAACUCGUCUCCACUUAUUACAGUCGGCGAACUUCCGAUAAUCAAUACAGUACAAAUUCGAUCUUAUGCUCAAAUGACGUUCAAUGAGCGCCCACCGUUCAGGUUCUUCUUACCACCUCACUCUGUUCAAGACGAAUCAAAACUUCGUUUCAGAAUCAAAGAGAAAAUAUCUCGACAAUGGAUUGAGACUGAACCUGUACCUAAGAGCUCUGAACAGGAUCGAUGCAGAGAACUGAUCGUUGGUGAGAAAGGAACAGUUGGCGGAGAAGAUUGGGAUGUUCAGAUAGAAAGGCUUUCCACUUGA